AAAGGGCGGGGUGGGACAGAGUAGGCGGCCAUGUUUGUUAGGGGCAGAAGCCUCCCAUUACGGAGCACGAGAAAGUUCAUGAAGGUCCCCGCGACUCCCGGACUGGAGAAAACGGCUCUUGCGAUGGGGCGAAGUCCGAGCUGCGGCGGGCGUUGGUCAGUGCAGGGAAGUGGGAAUCGCUAGGUUCGUUCCGGACCCGCCGCCCCAUGGCCCAGGCGUCUCGCUCUGGUAGCCUGCCUCCACUAGUUAUCGUGCCUCUCCUGAGGGCGCAACCCGGGGGCACUGGGGAGGAGCAGUGGGAGAGAAGGCGAACGGGCGGUCUUCGCUGGGAGGUUCACGGCUGGCCGAGCGGAAUUUCUGGAGGGACGCCGUGGUGGCCGACGCCGGCGGGUGUGAGCGAGGACUACGAGGCUGAUGCUGCGGCCUGGAGGCGGGGGCCCGCAGGUGGCGGCCCGAUCCCUCCCGCGCUGCAGCGUCUCCGGGCGGUGUUGCUGCGGCUGCAUCGCGAGCGGGAGCAGCUCCUCCAGGCCCGAGACUGCGCCUACCACCUACAGGAGGCUGUGCGCCUCAUGAGGACCCUGAGUCCUGGCUCGCCAUCCGGCGGCCCUAGCCCCUUGCCCCAGUGGUGCCGCGACCUGCAGCUGCACCCUUCCCAAGGGGCAGUCCUGCGAAUCGGCCUUGGGGAGACUCUCGAGCCGCUGCUGCUAGCGCGCCCUAUCGGACUAGCCGCCCAGUGCCUGGAGGCUGUCAUCGAGAUGCAGCUUCGCGCUCUCGGCCAGGAGCCCGCCAGCCCAGGCCUGUCGUCCCAACUCGCCAAGCUGCUCCUUGCACUUCCCGCCUACCACACGCUACAGAGAAAAGCCUUGAGCCACGUCCCAGGGGCUGCACGUCCUUUCCCCACGUCCCGUGUGCUCCGCCUCUUGACGGGGGAGCGGGGUUGCCAGGUGGCAAGUCGGCUGGACGAGGCGCUGCAAGGAUCGGCAUUGAGGGACCAGCUCCGCAGGCGGUGCCAAGAGGAGCGGGAUCUGCUACCAGGGCUGCUGGGCCUGGUGGGGGGCGUGGCGGGUUCAGCCAGCUGUGGACUAGGGCUUGAAGAGGCUGGAGCCUUGUGGAGCCAAUACUGGACCCUCCUGUGGGCAGCCUGUGCUCAGAGUCUGGACCUAAAUCUGGGACCCUGGAGGGACCCCAGGGCAACAGCGCAACAGCUGAGUCAGGCACUGGGUCAGGCAUCCCUGCCUCAGGAGUGUGAGAAGGAGCUGGCAUCUUUGUGUCACAGACUACUUCAUCAGUCGCUUAUCUGGAGCUGGGACCAAGGUUUCUGCCAGGCCUUGGGAUCAGCUCUUGGGGGUCAGAGCAUCCUUCCCACAUCCUCUGGCACUGCUGAACUUUUGCAGCAGCUCUUUCCUCCUCUCUUGGAUGCCCUUCGAGAGCCCAGGUUACGACUGAUUUUCUGCCAGCCUGCAGAUCCUGCGCCUGUCGCCCUAGGUCUCUGUACCCUGCAGACCACCUUGCUCUGGUUCCUGGGCAGAGCUCAGCAGUACUUGGCAGCAUGGGACCCAGCUUCCUUCCUGCUCCUGAUCCAAAAGGACUUACCUCCUCUGUUGCAUGAGGCAGAAGCUUUGUCUAGCCUGGCCUCAGAGGAAAGCUUAUCUCUGGAAGUGGAGCAGCAACUGGGCCUGGAGAUCCAGAAGCUGACUGCACAGAUCCAGCUCCUGCCUGAAGAGUCACUAAGUGUCUUUUCUCAAGAAUGUCAUAAACAAGCCAUGCAAGGUUUCAAGCUCUACAUGCCACGGGGUCGGUACUGGCGGCUUCGUCUCUGUCCUGAACUUCCCAGUGCUCCUAGUGAGUAUGCAGGUUUAGUGGUCCGCACCGUACUGGAGCCUGUGUUGCAAGGAUUGCAAGGGUUGCCACCCCAAGCCCAGGCCCCUGCCCUUGGUCAGGCACUGACAGCCAUCGUGGGUGCCUGGCUUGACCACAUUCUUACCCAUGGGAUUCGGUUCAGCCUGCAGGGAGCGCUGCAGCUCAGACAAGACUUUGGAGUGGUCAGGGAGUUGCUGGAAGAGGAGCAGUGGAGCCUGUCCCCUGAUCUCCGACAGACCCUGCUCAUGCUCAGCAUCUUCCAGCAGCUGGAUGGGGCCCUGCUGUGUCUGUUGCAGCAGCCGCUGCCCAAGUCUCAAGUCCACAGGAGGCCCCCCUGUUGCUGUGCUUGUCAGGAGGUCCAGACCACGGAAUUGCCCAGCAGCUGCCUCAAUAGCCUGGAGAGCUUGCAGCCCCCGCUCCAGCCUGGAACAUCUCCAGCCCAGACAGCUCAGCUGCAAAGCACACUAGGAGGAGGGGGACCUAGCCCGGAGGGCUACCGGGUGGGAAAUCAGCAGGCCUGGCUUGCCCUCAGGCAACACCAGCGACCCCGUUGGCACCUGCCGUUUUUUUCCUGCCUGGGAACCAGUCCUGAAUCCUAAGGAGCCUGGGACCAGGAUCCAGAAAGUUAAGAGCUCCCCAUCUCUAGCUGGAAAAUCCAGACAUUUGGAAUUGCAUAUUAAAGAAGCCCAGAACUGGAAGCUUGGAGGAAAGCAUACUGGAGAAUAAGCUACGAAGAGCCUGGGCUUAAGAAUCCAAGAUUAGGGGCUGGGCGCAGUGGCUCAUGCCUGUAAUCCCAGCACUUUGGGAGGCCAGGGCAGGCGGAUCAUGAGGUCAGGAGAUCAAGACCAUCCUGGCUAACACGGUGAAACCCUGUUUCCACUAAAAAUACAAAAAAUUAGCCAUGCGUGGUGGCGGGCGCCUGUAGUCCCAGCUACUCGGGAGGCUGAGGCAGGAGAAUGGCAUGAACCUGGGAGGCGGAGCUUGCAGUGAGUCGCGAUCAAGCCACAGCACUGCAGCCUGGGUGACAGAGCAAGACUCUGUCCCCCCCCAAAAAAAAAAAUCCAAGAUUAGACAGGGCAUGGUGGCUCACACCUAUAAUCCCAGCACUUUGGGAGGCUGAGGCAGGCGGAUCAUCUGAGUUCGGGAGUUCCAGACCAGCCUGACCAACAUGGAGAAACCCCGUCUCUACUAAAAAUACAAAA